AAUAGGCAACAAAUAAUCCUCAGGCAAAAUUUCUCAAUGAAAUAAACGAGAUGCUGCUGCCGAAAGAAAUACAAAACGACGUCGUGAAAACGCACCACUUUUUCCAGAAGCUGUACAAACACGAAGACAUUGUACAGAAGCGAUGGCAGGACACGCAUGGCAAGAAGUUUAAUAGACAAACACAUUUAAGCGCUGGGCCUGACCUUCAUCUGUUUUCAAAAGAUAUGCCUAUCUUCUCCUUAACCAUUCACAAUUUAUCGCCCACCAGAAGAUAUGAAUUGCCAGUACGCUGUGAAAACAAAGAGUGCUGGAGAAUGAACAUAGAGCCGAUGUCUUUCCCAAAAUGUGAAACGUACAAGAAAAGACCAUCUAAAGACAAAUCUGUACGAAGACAAUAUUACAGAUGUAAAGAUGGAAAGAUGUUCGUAGUUUGUGACAUCACAGGACCCAAAAGAAUGAAAAUGCAGAUGCUGAAUCCCCAAAACCGUAAUGUACUAGAAGAGACAGAGCUUCAGAUGUAGCACAUGAAAUAAAUUUCCAGAUGAGAAAAUAAUAAUUUCAAUUAAAAAAAUAAAAGCGCUUUCAUAAA